GAGUAGCAGCUGGAGGACAUGUGAUGCCCAGAAUCCUCUCCUCUGUCAAGCGAUGGCCACAUACGGAUGUUACUACCUUUGGGGCCUCUAUUCCAAAUGACUGGUCACCGGUCCUUCUGUGGAGGCACAGUGUCCAGUUUGGGUGCUCAUGCCAUAUCCUGUGGCAUAUGUGUCUGUGGUUCCUUAUAACCCUUUACAAAUGUCAAAGCCAUUCUUAGCUGGCAGGCUUUAGAAAGCAGCUGCAUGUGGCCCUGGAGACAGGAAGCAGGAUUCUUCCCAAACUCUCCCCAACCUCACUGUGCCUGGGCCCUAGGAGUCUCUGGGGUCUGGCACCCGGGUGUGGUUGUGAUCAACGCCUAGGGUGGGCCUAAGGGAGGAGGUGAACAGAACAUGCUUCCUGUUGGUCCUGGGCUGCAGCUGGGGCUGUUGAGGACUGAUGUACUCACAGCCUCAUCCCCCAGAUGCCCCAUGGUGUGGUCACUGCAAGGCACUAGCUCCUGAGUACAGCAAGGCAGCUGCCCUGCUGGCAGCAGAGUCAGCUCCUGUCACCUUGGCCAAGGUGGACGGGCCUGCAGAACCAGAGCUGACCAAGGAGUUUGGCGUGGUAGGGUACCCUACACUCAAGUUCUUCCAGAAUGGAAACCGCACAAACCCUGAAGAAUAUGUAGGACCCCAGAAGGCUGAGGGCAUUGCUGAGUGGCUGAGGCGGCGAGUAGGGCCCAGUGCCACACAUCUGGAAGAUGAGGAAGGUGUCCAGGCAUUGAUAGACAAAUGGGAUGUGGUGGCCAUCGGCUUCUUUCAGGACUUACAGGAAGAGGAUGUGGCCACCUUCCUGGCUUUGGCCAGAGAUGCCCUGGACAUAACCUUUGGCCUCACUGACCAGUCACGGCUCUUUCAGAAGUUUGGCCUCACCAAGGAUACUGUGGUUCUUUUCAAGAAGUUUGACGAAGGUAGGGCCGACUUCCCAGUGGACGAGGAUACUGGCCUGGACCUGGCGGAUCUGUCCCGCUUCCUCAUCACACACAGCAUGCACCUGGUCACAGAAUUCAACAGCCAGACAUCACCGAAGAUCUUUGCAGCCAAGAUCCUCAACCAUCUGCUGCUGUUUGUGAACCAGACACUAGCUCAGCACAGGGAGCUGCUGACAGAAUUCAGAGAGGCAGCUCCCCCAUUCCGGGGGCAGGUGUUGUUCGUGAUGGUGGAUGUGGCGGCUGACAACGACCAUGUGCUAAAGUAUUUUGGCCUCAAGGCGGAGGAAGCCCCAACCCUGCGCCUGAUCAAUAUUGAGACCACCAAGAAGUAUGCACCUUCAGGUGUGGCGCCCAUCACUGCAGCUUCUGUAGCUGCCUUCUGCCAGGCAGUCCUCCAUGGGGAAGUCAAGCCCUACCUGAUGAGCCAGGAGAUACCCCCUGACUGGGACCAGCGGCCAGUCAAGACUCUUGUGGGCAAGAAUUUUGAGCAGGUGGCUUUUGAUGAAACCAAGAGUGUGUUUGUCAAGUUCUAUGCCCCAUGGUGCAGCCACUGCAAGGAGAUGGCUCCAGCCUGGGAGGCACUGGCAGAGAAGUACAAAGAUCGUGAGGACAUUGUCAUUGCUGAAUUUGAUGCUACGGCUAAUGAGCUGGAGGCCUUCUCUGUGCAUGGCUAUCCCACCCUCAAGUUCUUCCCAGCAGGGCCAGACCGGAAGGUGAUAGAAUACAAAAGCACCAGGGACCUAGAGACAUUCUCCAAGUUCCUGGACAGUGGAGGUGACCUGCCCGAGGAGCCCAAGGAGCCUGCAGUCUCCAACCCAGAAAUACAAGCCAAUUCCACCAUGGGGCCCAAGGAGGAGCUGUAGCCAUUUGCACACUGCAUUCCAGGGAGUGGUGUUCUCCAGCGCUGGGGGGAGAUGUGCACUAUGAAUAAAAAUGUUUUCC